ACCGACUUGGUAUGUAUACAUUACACAUUAAUUCUUCUAUUUCUGUUUACAGUUACUCCUGUAUCGCUGAAAAAUAAACAAAAGAUACGGCAGGGAUAUCCAACUAUUCUGUAUUCUUUUGACACAUCAAGUUUUGAUUCAAUAAUAGAAUAUCGAUUGAGGUCAGCUAUGAACAAGAUAGAACAAGCGUCCUGUGUGAGAUUCGAGCCUGAGCCUGAAGAUGGAGCGAGGGAUUAUUCCAAAACUCUGAUCAUUAUCACCAACCCGAGUAAUGUGCGAGAAUGCAACCACGAACCAUUAGUCGACCAAGAGAACAAUUCUGUUCAAUUAAUACUCGGCUUAGACUGCCUUCAGGAGCGAGAUAUUCUGCAUAGCUUGCUGCACGCAUUAGGGUUUAAGGACGAGGUAUCUCAUCCUCAGAGGGACAGGUACAUCCGUGUGAUGUGGAACAACAUUCAUCCUAAGUAUCGUAACCUGUUCCGAAUCCAAGUGAACGAGUUCCUGGCUGCGAACCCCGUGGAGUACGACCCUCUCAGCAUCAUGCAGUUCCAUGAGAGGGCGUUCAGUUACAACGGCCAACCAACUAUUGUACCCGUGACCUCUGGGUUAAAUAUAAUACCUUCGAAUAGCCUAUCAGCGUUAGACAAAAUGAAGCUGCGCAUGAUGUUCGGUGCGGCGUGCAAUCAAAAGAAACUCACUGAAUUGAUGGACUCCUGCAAGAUGUCAAUGAGAGGUGAACGGGAUGCUGUAGGUCCGAUUGAAAAAUAUCAAUAUGAUGAGCAAAAUGUUAAUAAUGGAUACAAUGAUAAAGAGUAUAACGCAAACGAAGAUUAG